AUGGAUGCAAGUGAAAGGAUCGAAUUGGAGAUUGACGAAUUUGGAGUUCCGUGUGGUGGCGAGUCAUCUCUUUUUGCAUCCUUUCUUGGGACGAUUGCAAAGAACAACACCUUGACUCCACUGUCGAUAGAGCAUUGGAAAAGAAGAGAGUUCAAACCAUUUCACAGGCAAAUACUGAAAAUCACCAAGUCAAAGUUUCGGUAUCCUGCCUAUCUGGACAAGUGGAUUUUGCAAGCUGUUAGCCGGAAGUGGGCAGAGUUCAAGUGUGAUCUAAAGAGCAAGCACUUUGGAGUUUGGAAAACAGUGGAGAGUAUUAUGGCUGAGGGACUCCCACAAGGUGUUACCGAUGUAAAUCAGUGGUACACCUUGGUAGCUAGCUGGUUUACAGAGACUUGGCUGAGGGACUUCAUCACCUAUGUUGUUUUUCUGUGUUUCCCCUAG